AAACACCGCCCGCCUCUCGCCGCCGCUACAACCACCACCACCACCUCACUCGCGUGAUUCCACAACCCGGACGUCACGCACAUUAUCCGGUUAAAUUUACAUACAAAACGCCGCCCAGGGGGACGAACAUGAUAAUCUACCGUCGACUGAGAGGCGUCCGCGCGGAGGAGGGGAGGAAGGAGAAACAGCAGAAACAAAGUUUGAACGGGAGACUGUUGUGAAGCGAGCGGAGUGCGGAGCGGAGUGCGGCUCGUUUCGACGCCGACACCCAACGGGCGCUCGCCGGGCAGUUCGCCGCCACACUUUGUUGGAGCACGAUAUGGACGCUUUGAAAUCCGCCGGAAGGGCAAUUAUACGGAGCCCCAGCAUCGCCAAACAGUCGUGGGCCGCCGGGAGGCACAAAAAGCUUCCCGAGAACUGGACGGACACCAGGGAGACCCUCCUGGAGGGCAUGGUGUUCCAGCUCAAGUACCUGGGGGUCACGAUGGUGGAGCAGCCCAAGGGAGAGGAGCUGUCUGCGGCCGCGGUCAAGAGGAUAGUGGCCACGGCCAAAGCCAGUGGAAAGAAGCUCCAGAAAGUCACCGUAACGGUCUCACCGCGAGGAAUCAUCCUGUCUGACAGUGCCUCCACCCAGCUGAUUGAAAACAUCUCCAUAUACAGAAUAUCCUAUUGCACGGCGGACAAGAUGCACGACAAAGUGUUCGCCUACAUCGUCCAGAGCCAGCACAACGAGACUCUGGAGUGUCACGCCUUCCUCUGCACCAAGAGGAAAAUGGCCCAGGCGGUCACCCUGACGGUGGCCCAGGCUUUCAGAGUGGCGUUUGAGUUCUGGCAGGCUGCCAAGGAAGAGAAGGAGAAGCGAGUGAAGUCGGGUUCAGACGGGGAAGGAGCCAGCAACUCCCAGUCGGACAGCUCGGCCAGCCUGGGCAGCCUGAAGGCAGGAGAGGUCGCCACGGGGAAACUUCUGGACUUGGCGGAGGGAGCCAACGCGGCGCUGGUCCACUCGGGAACAAAGCAGGCGGAACCGGACCCCUUUAUGGUGCAUAAUCACGCAACCGAGAACAACAAUACUGUAUGGGAGCUGGAGGACGGGCUGGACGAGGCGUUCUCGAGCCGCAGUCUGGAUAGCUUUGAGUCCUACUCAGACUCGCUGAGUCUCGCACUAACCCCCAGGUCCUGGACAUUGGGGUAAACCCUCAGGACUUCAACACUGAAGAGUGCCUGUCCCACGGCCAGUGGGGCCCGGAGGAGACGGACUUCAUCGCGGAGAAAGACGCGUUCUGAAGGAGCGGAAGGGCGGGGGGGCGGGGAGAAUCGGUGGAACUACAGACAUUGUUUGAGACAUCGGUGAAAGGGUCCCACCUUUACCCGUCUCCCCGCCGCCGGCCCUCUGAAGGACAGCGAGAGCAGGCGGCUCACGGAACAGGCCAAAUCAAUACGAACCGUGUGUGUGUGUGAUCUGAGUCGGUUGUUACGUGGGUUAAAGGUCAACAAGGGUCUCAUAUUUGUAUUUAUGAGAGCUGUAACUGGAUUAGAGGGAAAGGUCACCGGUUCCAGUGUUUGAGGAAACAAAGUUGCUCCCUAUGUGCUCCAAGGAUGCAUCCUUUGGUCGGGAAACAAAAGCUUUAAAAAAAAAAAAAGAGUAUGUUUAGAAGAAAUGGAUGAGAACAAAAUGACAAUUCCCCCCCCCCUUUUCUUUUUUUUUCUAAUGCAAAAUCUAUUUUCUCACUUUGCAUUCAUCCACUUCUCAAAGCACAUAUUUAAAAUAAGGGAAUUUCAUGUCCAGAAGCAUUAAGCUUAUUUAAGCUCCUCUGCAGUGCCUCUAUUCACUCUUGUCACAUUUCAUUGUUUUAACUUUGAUUCGUUUUACCCCCCCCCCCCAAAUCCGGUCAUAAUCCCGCUCAUGGUGGAGUUGUUCUGCAGGCUCUCGUCGUCACGGUUACCAUCUGACUCAUAGUUAAAAUACAACAUGAAGUCCGAGAGCUUGAAUGUGUUUUACCGGCACUACCGCUGUAUUUUAAAUUAUAUUGUUGCAUUAACUAGUUUACUACUUUUUAAUAUCUUUUGGCAUUUGUUUCUGUAUGGAUUUAAUUUAAUUCAUUAAUUUACAUAAAAGUCGAUACAAAAUAAAACGUUGUGUGAUAUUUAUUUAUGCAUCUUAAUGUCACCACUGUGCGAGCUCGGAAAAUAAGCGUUGCCGGUGAAAGUCUGUUCUGAAAAGUGUGGAGCCGAGCGGAUGCUUCAUGGCUGAAGCUCACGCCCCUGAGGAGUGAACAGGUCAAAGGUCAAGCUGCACUGGUGGAGUCACGGCAUGUCCAAUGUGUUGGAAUGGCACAUAAAGUCCAAUCAGCAUGCGAGAAUAUAUCGAAAACAUCAUUUGAUCAGAACAUUUGAUUGAUCCUGACUUAAAAUCAACACACUACAUUUUGAAAUCCUCUUUCCCCAAAUGUUUCUUUGAGAUUGAUACCUGUGAGGUUCAUUGAUCAUGACGACUCGUGGUGAGCAGCCGCUCCAUUUGAAAGGAUCCGCAGCCGGAGGCUACGUCAAACACUCGACUCCCUGAAGGAUGGAAAUGUUCCUUCAGUUGAUAGAAAAAGAAUAAUUCAAACGUGUACUUAUUUUUAAAUAAAUUAAGUCUGUUUCCAUCUCUCUCAUUGGCUGCAGGCCUCUUGGGCCUCUUGGCUCAGUGCCAGCUGGUGUUACCUGGGUAACUACCUGGGCACGACUGUCGGAAUGAGUCAAAUAAAUCAAUAGUCUAUAUCACAGUGACACCAAAUUAGACAUGAGGUGGAGAUCUUGUGGGGGGAUGUUCCCCAGGCCACCAGGAGGCCCCUCUCAGCCUUGAGAGUUUUUAAGUAAAAUAAUUAAUAGAAAUGUUCAUAUCAAUGCAGUUUUUAAUUGAUCUCCAUAGUUUGCGGUGACAGCAGGAAAUACAAGCCCCCAAGCGAAUGAAACACUCCAUGGAUGGAGUCUGUUCAUGGUUAUUGUUCUUUUUUUAAUAUGUCAACUUUAAUAAUGUCAACAUUCCUGGCAAUAAAACUGUUUCUGAUUCUGAUUCUGAUAACCCUUUUCAACUCCUGUGGGAUGCGUUGCAAUGCGUAUGCAGUGCUGCCCCCUGCUGGCAGUGGACGUGUACUGCACCACCUGUUGGUCAUGCAGUGACGGACCUAAAGUUAAUUAGUUUACCAAAGGACUCAAAUACAUGUUUGUUUACUUUGAAGUAAAUUUACCAUGAACACACACCUGAACCUUUGACUGGGCAUUUGUUUAUGUAAAUUAAUAUGUCUAUGUAUAUAUAUGUAUAAAUAUGCAUAUAUAUAUAUAUAUAAAUGUAUAUUUCAAUUCAAUUCAGUUUAUUUGUAUAGCCCAUUUUCACAAAUUACAAAUUUGUCUCAGAGGCUUUAAAAUCUGUAGACAUAGACAUCCCUGCCCCAAAACCUCACAUCGGAUCAGGAAAAACACCCAAACAACCCUUCACUGGGAAAAAAUAGGGAAGAAACCUUCAGGAGAGCAACAGAGGAGGAUCCCUCUCCAGGAUGGACAGGUGUAAUAGAUGUCAUGUGACCAGAAGGACAGAUUUAGAGUUUAAAUACAUUCAAUGAAUGUGACAGAGUGUAUGAAUAGUUCAUAGUAGGCAUAUUCCACGAUGGAGACCUCCACGAUCCAUCAGGCAGAUGGAGGUAGAAAGGAGGAGUGGAGUGGGCGGAUAUAUGUAUAUAUAUAUAUACAUAUACAUUUUGUGGUUUAAGACAUAAUCUAGGGCCACAUGGCUCUUUGGAUAGGAAAGGUCGCGACCCCUGGUAAAUACUAGAAGAAGUAGCUACAUAACAAAAUGUACAAACAACAGUGAUUCAGAGACAUACUUUAGAAUAUGUUUACCCACACUGAAGUAAUACUUGUAUUCUGUUUGAGCUUCUGAAGGGACUCUCUCCCUCUGUACAUGCUUUAUGUCAUCUGUAAAAACAUGUUCACAUGGAUGUUGGUGACGUGACGUCAGCCUCAAGGAAGUGUACACCUCCUCUGUGAUGUCACUCCACAGCCUCUCGGGGGAGGAGCUGCUGACACUGAUGUUAUUGGUGUCUUGAAGUUUACUUUUUUCACUCAAUAAAUCCCCCUUUCUAUCA